CUCUCUAUAGAGAGAGAGAGAGGUCCACCAUACCACUCGCUGCUUAUCUUAUAGAAAGUGCAGAGAGAAUUUCUUGUUUGUGAGAGAUGGGUUUCACAGAGAAGCAAGAAGCGUUGGUGAAGGAAUCAUGGGAGGUUUUGAAGCAAGAUAUCCCUCGUUUCAGCUUGCUUUUCUUUUCUCUGAUAUUGGAGAUAGCACCAGCUGCAAAGAAUAUGUUCAGUUUUCUGAGGGAGUCUGAGGAGAUUCCCCAGAAUAAUCCCAAGCUCAAAGCUCAUGCUGUCAAGGUUUUCAAGAUGACAUGUGAGUCAGCCAUUCAACUGAGGGAGAAAGGGGAGGUGGUGGUCACUGAUACAACUUUGAAGAAUCUGGGCAACGUUCAUGUCAAGAGUGGUGUCUUAGACCCCCAUUUUGAGGUGGUGAAAGAAGCACUUUUAAGGACAGUUAAAGAAGCAAUAGGAGAAGGGAAAUGGAGCGAAGACAUGAAGAGCGCAUGGGGUGAAGCUUAUGAUCAGUUGGCUUCAGCCAUCAAGGCUGAGAUGAACAACAUUGCUGCUUAAUUUCAAUGUUAAUUAUCCUUUUACUUCCAUCAAAUCAAAUGUUGAUGUCAAUAUCAUCAUGAAUAAAACUUAUUUGUAUUAAA